UUCCGGGAUGGUGCCGGUUAUUUAUUGCGCUGCCCAGCACGGGUCGUCCGCAGGGCUCGGUGUCCCCUUUCAGCGCCGGCCGCGUGUCCUUGAAGCGGCGGCGGUGGCUCCCCGUGGGGUCCGCGGCGCUCACGGCCAGUCGCCCGCACCCUGGAGCCUCCCGGGCACAUGCAGCAGGGAGACGAGGUGCUUCUCCUUUGGCCACCUGCUGAUCCAAUCCCGCGUUUCCCCCUUUCCUAGGCAUCGCUCUGUUCUGGGGAACAACUGUGAGAACUCUUCCCGAUGCCCUCAGAACAUGUCUGAUUGGACAAGUCUGUGGUAUGUCUGGUUGAUCUUGCUGACGGUGUUCCUGCUCCUGCUCUGUGGGGUCUCAGUGAGCUGCAUCAAAUUCUGCUGCCGGAAGAAGAGGCUUCCAGUGGAGACCUUCCCUCGGCACCCUUGUGACUUGACAGUGAUUGGCCUUGACAGUGACAGCACUGCCCACAGCACAGUGACCUCAUAUAGCUCAUGGCAGUACCCUCCAAGUGUGCAGAUUCCCCCGGUAUUUGUGGAUAUGGAUAAGAACACCGUGUCCCCUCCAGCUUACAGCCUCUAUGCUAUGGACCUGCCACCUUCCUAUGAUGAAGCUGUUCAAAUGGGAAAGCAAGUGGCAUGGACAAACCAGAAACUUAAUGACAUCCCUGAACAGGUGACACCAGGUGGGCUGAAUCUCAGCCAGUCCCCACCUGACACAAUCAAUAGAGAUCCAGCAACACAGGCAAAGUCAGAAGAUUCAGAAGAUGCCACAAAAGAACAGCCACAGGUCUGACUCAGUUCAGAUGGGGAAUAAAGUAAGGGAAGGACAGUAAGAGUUAAAGAAGAUGUGAAGAGUUUGGGUUUAUUAGUAGGUUAUGAUAUAAAGAUGUGUCUUCUCAUGCCCUUGUAAUAUCUGUCAGAAGAAAUGUUUUCUGUGACUGCUGUAAUCCCCUGGUAAAGCUUCUUCAUGGAUAUGAAAUGAGGUAAAAGGGCAGCAGUUUAAAAAUGCUUGUAAAAGUGGGAUGUGAAUGCAUGUUCAUCUUCUGAUAAAAAAAAUUGUUCCUUGUGUCCAGGAAUAAAAAAGGUCAGGAGACUUUUGCCACCUUGGGAAUACACACUCAGAACAAACAGGAAGUUGUUGUUCUAGAACAAAAGUUUCCCAAGCUGGAAUUGAAGGGGGAAUCCCAGCAAGUGACACUGAACAGCCUCUGUAGUUUCUCUUCUUUUGAGAACAUCAACUGCCCAGAAAACUGCUGAGGACAAAGUGAUGCACAAUAGCUCAUGUUCCUCAAGGAGCAGAAAGAUGCCAGGACAGGAGAGUGUGGAGGGAGUUGCUUUUUCACAGGGAGUGAGACAGAUGAGACACAACACUUAUGUGGUGGUAGUGGUGGUCAUGAGACCCCAAGGGAUUGUUUUUGAGGUUCUGUAAAUCUUUCCAUUUCUAUUUCCAAGAUAUGUUGCCUUGUGGGUGGGUUCCCGUUGCUAUUUAUUUUUUCCAGAUAAAGUACACAUUAAUUCCAAAGAGACACUUGCACACAUGGUUUGGUACUACUGAUGUGUUUCAAAUAUUCAUCAAAUAUUUCAAAGAUAUUUUGCUAUGUGAUCAGGUGUCAGGGUCUCAGACAGCACAGGGAAGAAAAAUCAUGGGUUCCUGGCAGCUUUUACCAGUUCAGAACAUGGACAAGCUCAGGAAUGAGCAGGGUGACACAAAACAUGCUUGUGCUGAGCCAUCCAGAAUACGAUAGAGAUACAAAUACCACAGUACGCGCUGGGCAAAAGUUCAAAGAAAUUAUUCUUAGGGAUGGUUCUUUGUACAGUACUGAUAGAGGGAUAACUGCUGAGCAUUAUUUUAGAGCUGGGAACUUGGAGCUGAUUACAGCAGUCGCAGCCCAGACAAAAAUACGGGCUCCAGAGGCAGGGUUUUUAAUGCCAGCUCUUUCCCUUGCCUGUCCAUAUUCCAAAUUGUCCAAAUUUUGUCCACUCCUGAGCAGUGAUUUUCUUUGAAUCCACUUCAGCAAGGUGCUAAUCUGGCUGCUUUAAGAACAUGAGCAAUUGCCAGGGUGGCUCGUUGCUCUGGGUAAGAGCAGCAAGCAAAGCCUGAGAGCCCAGUGAAUGAAGCGUAAAUUUAGUUGUCUGUCAUUAACAGGCAGUAGAAGUGGUGGGCACAAAAGCCUGCACAGCUUUUAGAAGACUGUUAUUCUCUGACAACCAUUACUGCAAGAACUGCCCUGGGAAUGAGCACUAAUGAUUUAAAAAUGAAGAUCUCUGCCAGACACAGGCCCGAGAUGCUGCUGCAGAGUCGUGUGUGAGCUGUCCAUGAGUCUGACUCCCCACGGAAGGGUCGCUUCUAUAUUUAACUUGCAUGUAACUUACUAUGAGGGUUGACUGGUAUAACAAAUCUGCUUCUCUUGUCUCCUCUCUGUCAUCCUUCAUUAUAUUUCUCCUGUUUUAUUCUUUCCUCUGCUUUCUUCAUCUGUGUCAAGAUGGAAGAUAGGCAUAAACCAGGGUAACUAUUUGGAUGUCUGUCUGGAAGGGCAAUAUAUGCCUCCUCCUGGAUGUCUCCAAGUCAUAAAUAUAGCAAGCGUAUUUUUAUUUAUUGAACUUUUCCACAGUACUCAGAAAGAAGCCUCUGCCCUUCCGAAGAAGGAAUUUGUGAUGGAGGGAAAUGGUUGAGCACUCACAAAUAGAGAUGGGAAUUCAAAGCCAGGCGAAUGAAAGAAUGGUGACUAACACAAGAGGGCAGUCCCUCACUUCUCGCUGUGUGCAAAGGAUCAUCACCGGCACCGGCCGGGAAGGGAUCGAGCUGGCUGCAGGAGCACAGGGAGCCAUCCCACCGUUCCAAUUCCCUGCCCUCUGUGCCUCGGCAGCGCCUGGCACGGGACCUGCCAAACUGACAGGUCUGUUCUGUUUGCUCACAGGAGAUGUCCAAGAAAACCCUAAAUGCCUGUGCAUACUAGGAAUAAGGGCAUAAUCUGCUCUUUCCUUUCUAGCACCUAAGGAAAAGUCUUGUGUUUUGUCCAGGCUCUUGCCUUGUAACGUAGUUCAUGAAUUCAGAAAUUAACAGCAACUCAGCCCCAAUCAGCCCUCAGAACACAGACUUCCCCCUGCACACCAAAACCAGCUCAGCUUUCUGUGUAACCUUCACAGUUAGGAAAUUAUUAAGGUCUUUCUUGUGACUGGCCUUCUCCAGAGCCUGCUAAGUGCAACCCCCAUGCUGGAGUUCUUCUUACAAUGGAGGAUUGAAGAGAUCCCUCAUCUCUACACAGCUCCUGGUUCAUGGAACAGUUAGAACUUCACAUUUUUGAAACCUACAGUUCUCUAUCACUUUGCUUGAAAUUGGCCAGUGGAUUCAGAAGUUAUUAGUUGGGUGUGCAGAGUGGAAGGAGGGGAAGCAGGGCAUGGAUUUAGAGUCUGUGAUUUCAAAGCCUCACUCCCAGAAGAAACCAGGUUUAAAAAGAAGACCGGGGGGAGGUUAUAGGUUUGACCUGAUGCAGGAUCUAAGAAUUCUGAUUUGUCAGGCUGGUGGUUUUCACCAUUGCUAGAUCUAUUCAAGUCUGAUUAUAUACACACAAGCUUUGUGACAUCUCUAAGAGAAAAGCCCCUCUCUGUAAUUACCCGAAGUGCAUUUUUAAUUGUGAUUUAUAUUUGGUCCUCAGUUUGGCACUGUUCAGCAUGCAAUUUUUCUUCUCUCAUUUGUUCAAAAUGAUCAUUUUGUCAGUUAUUUUCUUCUGUUCUUUGCUGGCUGUCUGAAAGAGUCUGUACUGGGGAGAUGGACUGCUGAGGUUGGAGCCUCCAUCACUUUCCUCUCACACACAUGCACUCAGCAUGAGGACUUGUGCUCAGAGAGCAAACACAGCCGUGGAAGUAAAUUUCCUGAAAAAUUCAUGGGCUUUAUAACCCAGAGCAAAUUAUACCUUGGUUCUGUCAUGAAAUUCAGGCUGCAAAUCCCCUUAUAGCCAAGCUCAUUAACAAUAUAAGUAAAGUGGUACCUCUAGAACGGCUUUGAUAAUUGAUGCAUUAUAAUCUUUGGAGAGUAUUUAGUGGCAAACGUGCAGCAUCCAGACUGAGGCAUCAGUGGGAUUUGGACACAGGAAAAAUGAGAGAAAAAUAAUUUCUUUGUCUGCCUCACAGUUGCCUUUGUCUGCCUCACUAGCCUCAAUAGCUCAGGUUUGGCUGCUUUCUAACUGCAUUCUUUCUUUAUCAGCUGCAGUUUUUGAGGGAAAAGGAUCACUGCUGCUGCCAGUAUGGAUGAGUGGGACACUUGGACACGUGCAAAACCUGCUCAUUUAUGGAACAAAAUGUCUCUGCCUCAGCCACUCUUCAUACUCUUGGCUGUCUCCUGGUUCUGAUCCUAAUCCUCUUUACCUGUUAGAACUCUUUUUGCUUAGGGAGACACUAAUUUUGGUGCAAGUAGCAAAGGUUCUUUCCUUCACCCACAAUUAAAAUUCAAACUACUAGAGAAGCCUUGGAAUCCUUUUCAGAGCAGACAAUGAAAACAAAGUAUCACGGGGGAAUUGUGCUCUAAAAACUGGAGAAGACAAUAAAUGUUUUAUGAAAUUCUACAUCCUAAGGUCAAACACAAUGCACAGAUAAGGCUUAGGUGCAAACCCACAGUGCUGGGAAAAUAUUUUGUUCUGGUCAGUUAAAAUUUAGAAUAUAAAUGCCAGAGCUGCUCUUUUUAUUUUACUGGAAGGAAAAAGAGGCCUGUAGAAAAGAAUGCAGACUUUCAAAGAUAUUUCAAUUUUUUUGUUAAAAUAACUAAGCUCACCUUGGGCAUUUGGAGAAGGGAGAAAAUCAAUUUCUAUUUCAAACCUAGAAAUGAAUCCGCAAACCUGAAUCUUCAUUAAAAUGCUUAAUUUUUACUCAUUUUUUUACCCUGCUUUCCCAAGUAGCUCAAAAAGGAAACAAAGGAGAAGAGCCUGAUGUCAAGCUCUUAUUUGUGCAUUGUUUAUUCUCUUUCCAUGAUAGGAGUUUAUGGCAUAAACUACUUCCUUCCACAAGUGAGGAAGUGAAGUCCUGAGGUCCAAGUACUGAGCUGGGAAACCCAGUUUGGUGACUUUUCUGCCACAGACUUCCCCACAUGACACUGGUCUGUAGAACAGGGGCUGUAGCACUGUCUUUUCUUGCAUAGAGUUUGGAGGAUGAACACACUGAGUGUGGGUUGCGCUGUCACAUUGAAAUACAGGUACAGUCAGAGCAUGAUGAACUUUGUGUGAGACAUGAAGUGCAGGAAGAAACCUCCCCACUCCUUCCCCCUCUUAAGGGGCGAAUCUGGAGAAGAAACUUGGGCAAAGUGUAAGAUUUAGAAAUAGCCCCUGGACUUCAGGUGCCUCAUCACAACAUUCCUAACUAGGGGAAGAUGCUGAAAGAAAUAGGCAAGGUUUGUUUAGCUCCAUGGGGCUGGAAAUGUUCCUUUCCCCAAAAACCCUGCCAGGCAGCUGUCAGAGAGCCUGGACCGCUGUGCUGAAGGUGGGAGAAGCUGCUCUGCCCCGCACAUAAGGUCACUCCAGAUGGGUUUAGGAAAUAGAACUGUGAUUAGCCGGCAAAGCAGACAGCCAUAAAAAUAAACACCCCGUGUGUAUUUGGAGAGCGUUUCUUCCGCCCUUGGCUGAGCAGCCUGCUCCCAGCAGAUGGGGGAAGUGAGCCGGAGCGGCCCCGGUGAAGGUCAGCUGGGCAGACUGCAAGGCCAACACACUCAGUGGCAAUUACAUUUAGUGCGAUUAUUUGGGGGAAAAAAACGUGGUAUGCUUUUAUUCUUCACAUAUUUCGCAUAUAGAAACACUUUUCCCUCUUGAUAAAAGGCCCACAGUACCUGCUAUAAAAAACUGAAAUUCAAAUAACUUGGGCCAUCUGGGAAAUAAAAAAGCGUAUGUUCAGUUAUUUUCCACUAUAAUAAUGAGGGAAAAAUCGGUGAUAAUGAGUAUGGUUAUCCCUCAAUCAAGAAAUAUCCUGGAGUGUGACAGACUCAAGCUCUACCACAGAUAUCUUGGGCAUCUAAGUGAGUUUCAAAAUCUCUGCCACUAUUUUCCACUGGUAAACAGUUCUAGGAUCCAGGGGUUGGAAGGGACCUUUAGUCAUACCCUGCUGCUCGCUGCGGUCAGCCAGAGCAGCUUGCCCUCCCUACAGUAGCUCUGAAUUCUCCAGGGAUGCAGAGCUCACUGCCCCUCUGGGCAACCUGUUCUACUGUCUGACCCCUCUUACAGUGAAAAUAGCUCUGUUGAAGUGGAAUUGUAUUUGUGAUUGUUCUUACUGCUUCUUACUGUGCAAUCUGGUGCCCAGUGAGAAAAGUCUGCCUCUGUCUUCUUUAUACUUUACCCCCAGGUAUUUAUACACAUUUAUACACAUUUAUUAGAUUCCCCCUGUACCACCUCAUCCAGAGGCCAAAGACUCCCAGCUUGCUCAUCCUUCCCUCAUACAUCAUAUGCUUCAAUGCCUUAAUCAUCCAGAUAUUUAACUCCAUCUUUUCCCUGAACUGCAGUGUGCUAUUUACUGGAUUUCUCCUGCCUGUGGAAUGAAGAGCUGCAGAAAGCAGAGCAUGAAGCCCCCCAUGGAUGCCUGUUCCUGUACCUCUUCCCUGGCUGGCAGCGGUACCACCUGGGCACAGGGUGAUUGCAGGGCUAGCACUGCCAUAGCAUCACCUCCCACAGCCAGGGAGCACCACGAGCAUGUGACAGCUGCCACCUCAGUGUGGCCACCGUGGCAUGGCCCCACGGGAAGGGGAGUGCCAAGGUGAAAUCAGAGGAAGAUGAAUUUCCCCUCUCUCCUCCGUUCUACAUGAACUGUUUAACCAGAAUUAGAUAAACUGCUGGAAAGCAGGAAAACUAAAUGCAACCUUCCUCAUGCUUUGCAUGGGGUUUUGGGGUGGAAGGUGCUACAGAAAUACCCCUCCUUGGGAGACCAUGCUUUAGAAGCAGAGGAAAUUGCCUGGAUUAAAAAAAGAAUACCAGGAACAAUGUUUUUCCAGGCCAGAGAAGGGAGCUUUCCCUUUCUCUAGUUUAUUUUGUCACCAUUGUCACCAACAAGAAAACCAUAUUUCAUCAGAGCUUGGCCUUGCUCCUCCAGGUUUCAAUCAAAAUGGUUAUUGAUGUAAAAUCUUAAGUGAAUUGUAGCUAGAGAUACUGCAAACCCACUGCUCAGUGCUAUGCCAGAAUAAUAGUAAUGAAAAUUCAAAGUUUCUCAUUGAUUCCUACCUCUUGAUUUCUUAACACAUCCCACUAUUUUAUAUACAAAGCCUAUACCCCAGAAUCUCCAGGCUUUAAUCAAUGUGCAAGAUGCCAGGUAACACACGUUACUGUAAUUAGCGCAACAAAAUCAGCAUAAGGAUAAUUUGAGCAUCUAUGGAAUUAGUUUGGUGACUUCUUCAUCCAUUUAUAAUUAUAUUACAUAAAAGUGCAAGUGUGUACACACGUCUAAUCCACUGAUGGCUGUCACAUACAACCCUUUUUCCUCCCAUUUUUGUGAUCAGGCCUGCUCCUUUCAGGCUCCUUGGUCCCUCUUCUCUUUUGUAACUCUGUGCAGUCACUUACCCAUGAACCUGUGGUUAAUCCUGAUGCCCACACUGGCUUCUUUGAGUCUGAAACAACGUUCAGAGAAAUUAAACUAAAGUAAAGGGAGCUUCUCAUCCAUCCGGGGAUGGGGUGGGGGACGGAAGAGGCAACUGCUAUGUCCAAAAAUCAGUCAGAUUGUUCUUUAUUACAUGACCCCCAAAACACAGGUGUUGAUGUAGAAGGGUCUUUCUUCAAAUCUGCAUGUUCUAGUGAUUUGCAUCUAAAGCCGUGGCUGCAUCGUCUUGAAUUCAGGGAAGGCUCCAGUAUAAAAUCUCUGGCACAGGAAGUUCAGCUUCCUCUCCAGACUUCCUUCCUCCACCUCAUAUAUAUAUGCAGAACAGCAGGGAACUACUUUGGCCUUGCCAGUGCAAGUGAAAACUCUCAGGAUUGCAGAGCAGUUUGAGUUUAUGGCCAACACCUUCAGUUCAAGUGUUCAAGUGAGGUAGCACAGACCAGUGGUUCUUGGUGACAACACCUAAUCCCAAAAUAUCCUCAAGCGAUGAGCUGUGUUUGGUACCUGCACGUGAAGCUGCAUCCAGUUCCUCAGCAAACAUGAUCAACAAGGGUGACAUUCUUAGUGACAUUCAAACCAUUUCCACAGUCAAACUCUUACUAAUGACAGUGAGCAUCAAAGGAAGAGAAUUUGACCAUCAUGUAACUUUGCUACAAUUAUAAAGUAAGAAAAACUGUGCAAAAGCAGGAUUGGAUCCAGUCAAUGCCUAAACUAUCAGUAAUUUUAACAGGCUAAUUUCACUUUCUAGAUUUUUCUCUAGGCUUUGGUGUCCUUUAAAAACAGCCUGCUAGACUUCAGGUCAAGGUUGAGGCAGUUCAAUUGUCCAGUUUGAGCCUCAAACUAAAACAGGAAAAAUAUGAACAGCAUUACAACUGGAACUUGAUGUGAAGUUUGCUGGGACAA